GUUAAUUUAAUUAACUUUAUUUAUUGAAUUUGAAGCCCUUCUUCUUAUAUUAAUCGUCUGCUUCCACCUUCCAGUGUAUGUUUCACAGACGCGAGGGGCAGAGAUAAACAACACCAUAGACACGGAGGGUUUGCCAUAACAAACAACAGAAAGAAGAAGAAAUGGCAGUACACCGCGACAAUCUACUGGAAGAAGAAGAGAACGAAGAAGACAAUGCUCUGUUUGAGGGAGACGGCUUAGUUGACCAAGAUUCCGAUAUUCCUCCUCACCUCCGUGACCUUGCCCGCGCCGCUCAGACCGGUGACGUCGACGCUCUUCGCUAUGCUCUAGAUAACCUGAAUGGCAGCAUUGAUGAACCAGUGGAAGAUGGGGACACGGCUCUCCAUUUGACAUGCCUGUAUGGCUAUUGUCCCUGUGUCCAGCUACUCCUGGAAAGGGGAGCAAACUUGGAGGCCAAGGAUGAAGAAGGGGCGAUUCCUUUGCAUGAUGCCUGCGCAGGGGGAUUUACUGAGAUAGUCCAACUUCUGGUGAACAGUGCUAAUAGUGCAGAGCGUGUGAAAAGGAUGCUAGAGAUAGUUGAUGAUGAGGGUGAUACUCCUCUUCACCAUGCAGCAAGAGGUGAACAUGCCGAUGUUAUUAGAUUGCUGCUGGCUUCUGGUGCCUCCGCUACAACAGCAAACUCAUAUGGAAAGACUCCAAGCGAACUACCUGAACCAGAUACUGAAGCGCACAGAAUUUUGGAAUCGGCCGGAUGAGCUUCUUCAUGACCAUCUUCAGCUUCCUUGCCCAAACACAAGUUAUACCUAAUGGUUGUUGGAUGAAACUUUCUUUCGUUGGCUCUGCAUUUUGCAUUUGUUGGCUUCUUUAGAGUCUAGCUACUUAAUCUUGGAACAGCUUCUUGUUGGAGAACCCAUUUCAGAUUAUAACAUUACAAGGUUUCCAUCUAAAGCAUAUAAUGUAUGCACUCCUAAGGCAAGUGAUAUAGCUUUAAGUUACCAGAAA